AUGAAGUCUUUCCUAUGGAGCCUCUUGUACUGCGGCUCACUGCUGCUGUCUGACGUGAGGGCCACGUACCACCUCAGUGCAGGAGACCCUCACCUGUUGGCCGCACAGAGCCACGCACAGAGCAGACAUAAUGGCAGACCACCAUUCAGGACCCUCAACCCAGCAAAGACAGACUCUCAGUGCAGGAGCCGUCCCCUGGACCUGGUCUUCAUCAUCGACAGCUCUCGCAGUGUGCGUCCUGUUGAGUUUGAGAAGGUGAAGAUAUUCCUGGCCGACAUGGUUGAUACCUUGGACGUGGGCACAGAAGCCACCAGAGUGGCUGUGGUCAACUAUGCCAGCACGGUGAAGAUCGAGUUCCUGCUCAAAGACUAUGGCAACAAACCCAACAUGAAGAAAGCCAUCUCCCGCAUUGAACCCCUGGCUGCCGGCACCAUGACCGGCCUCGCCAUCAAGACGGCCAUGAAUGAAGCCUUCACAGAGCAGUCCGGAGCCCGGCCUCGCUCCAGGAACAUCUCCAAGGUGGGAAUCAUCGUGACAGACGGGAGACCCCAGGACCAGGUGGAGGAAGUGUCCGCAGCAGCUCGGGCUUCAGGCAUCGAGAUCUACGCUGUGGGCGUUGACCGUGCCGACAUGCGCUCCCUGCAGCUGAUGGCGAGCAUCCCCCUGGAGGACCACGUCUUCUACGUGGAGACCUACGGCGUUAUUGAGAAACUCACCUCCAAGUUCAGGGAGACGCUGUGUGGUUUGGACCCCUGCGCCAUGGGAAAUGACUGCCAACACAUUUGUGUCAACAGCAAUGCCUCCUAUUACUGCCAGUGCCGGGAUGGUUUUAUCUUGAAUGCAGACAAGAAAACAUGUUCCCUGAAACAGGUGAAGGUGGAGGUGGUGGAGGAUCCCUGUAAAUGUGAAGCCAGGCUGGUUUUCCAGAAGAAGACGCAGGCUGCCAUCGAGCAGCUCACAGCCAAACUGGUCGCUGUGUCUGGGAGAAUAGAGCAUCUGGAGAACAUGGUGGGCCGUGCUUAA